CCAAACGCACGUGUUUUUUAUGUUGACGUUUUGAUUCGUAUGUUUAUUAAAAGUUUAGUUCGUAAAAGUAAUAUGAAAGUACUGUGCAAUAAUAUGCGACAUUAGUGCACUAUUCCAGUGAUACAAGCAUGAAUGAUGGUUCAUUUGAUUGGAGGCUUUAUUUGAAAAAUCCUGAUUUUAUUGCUGCUCCCGUUUCAUGUUUUCAGCAUGUUGCUCUUUCAAGCUGCUGGGAUAACAUAACUGUUGGAGCUUUAAUUGAAAUUAGAAGCCCUGAUUGCACAUCGAAGUGCUGUCCCGGUACACCUUGUCGUUAUUGGCUAGCGACAAUCGUUAAAGUUUCUGGUUAUUAUGGUCUUGUGCAUUACGAAGGAUUUGAUACGAAUGAAACUGACCGUUGGAUCAACUUGUGCACCGAACCUCACAUCCAUCCUUUUGGUUGGGUUCAUGAUAAUGAACAAUUCUUUGUUCCUCCAAAAAAAAUUGAACACAAAAAUCUGGAUUUGCAUUUUUAUGACAGGAUUCCUGGAGGUCAUUCACUGCCUAAUUUUGCUUUUCAGGUUGAAGAACACGAACACAACAUCAUUAAAAAGGGAAUGAGACUGGAAGUUGUGGACAAGAAUACACUCUCUGCGAUGCGUUCAGCGACAGUAUCCGAAGUUGUCGGUGGGAGGUUGCACAUCAAGUACGACCAUGAAGUCGAUGAUGUCGGAUUCUGGUGCCAUGAGCGUUCUCCUUUGAUUCAUCCAGUUGGUUGGUCUCAAGUUAUUGGACAUGCUUUGAAAGCCAAGCCACUUUAUGCUCGCCAAUCUUUAAAGAAAGUUCUGUGCAGAACAUUUGAAAAAAAUGAUGCAACAUGGGACAAGUUUUUACCGGUGUAUAACCCUGCCAAAGAAAUAACUAUUACGAAAGGAAUGAAACUGGAAGCCAUUGAUCCAUUGAACCUUUCAACGAUUUGUGUUGCAACUAUUACUGAUGUUUUGAGGAACAAUUAUUUGAUGAUCGGCAUUGAUGGAAUGAUGACAAAAAAUGGCACUGACUGCUUUUGUUACCAUGCAUCAUCGCCGUCUAUAUUCCCAGUUGGAUUUUGUGAAGAAAAUGGAAUAAAACUCACAACCCCAAAAGGUUAUGAUGGAACAUUUAACUGGCCCGAUUAUUUGAAAAAGACAAAAUCAAAAGCAGCUCCAAUUGGUCACUUUCAAAGACCAAUUCCUUCCCAUGGUUUUGAAGAAGGAAUGCACCUAGAAGCUGUUGAUUUGAUGGAACCGAGACUGAUAUGCGUUGCUUACGUGAGGAGGGUCGUCGGACGUCUGUUGAGAGUACAUUUCGUUGGCUGGCAAGAUGAAUAUGACCAGUGGUGCGACUGUGAGAGCCCAGACUUGUUCCCGAUUGGAUGGUGUGAGGUUUUGAAGUAUCACCUGGAACCUCCUCGCACUGUUGACGUCACAUAUAAGAAGAAAAAGAAGCUGUAUGCUGGAAAAAAGAAGAGAGGUCCAAAACGAAAAAAGGCUUCAGACAAUUUCCAAGCCCCGCCUUCAUGUUCAAAGACUGCCGGAACUCCUACUGAACGAGAGAAAAGAUCUUUGAGGUCGGAUCGAAUAAUGACAAUUGAAGAUUCCAGCCAUAGUUCUGGCUCUGAGGAAGACAAUCCUGAAAUUGAGUGAGAAUAGUGUUUCAGAAUAUUGAUUUUGAAACAGAUUUGCCUCAAUUGAAUAUACUUAUUGUAACAAAAGUUUCUUUUUGUAAAAAAUAUAAUAAAACAUAUAGCACA